AUUCCAAUUUUUUGUGAAUUUCUUCACACUCGUCUUUUUCUCUCCACUUGUUGGCUGACUCUGCAUUCCGCUUCCAACCAUGGCGAGCACAAAGCUGAUUGUGAGCAAGUGCCCGAGCGACGAGCUGGCCAUGACCAACUGCGUGAUUGCCUCGCCAGGCGACUUCCCCAUCGACGUCAAGUACAUUACCAUCCACCCGACGCCCGACCAGGAGUUCUCCUUUGUUCUCAAAGUCGACCCGGCAAUGCCACAUCGACAGCUCGGUUUCACCUUCCACCAGCGCAAGUUUGCGCGUCUCGAGCUGGACAAGGAGAUUUCAGUCGAGCCAUUCCGCCCGGACAAGGAGAAGAACAUUGUGGUUGGCAACAUGACCAUCCAGCUCGACUUUCAACCCAAGGACAAGACGCGCAAGGCCUCGUUCGACAGCGCUGCGAUUCUCGCCUUCCUGAAGAGCAACUUUAACGCGCACGUGUUCUCGGUCGGCCAGCAGUUUGUCUUUAGCUUCCAGCAGCAGCUGUUGCUUGCCGAGGUGCAAAAGAUUGAGGUGGUCGAUGUGAGCGUGCUUUCCGGCAAGCGCACUGGCUCGCAGCUGGCGGCCAACCGAGGCGUGCUGCUCGAAAAGUCGGACAUUUUCUUCACCAAGGGCGCCGAGUCGAACAUUACGCUGACUGGCAAGGCUCGCAUCUCUGCUCGCCCAUCCCCAAUCAACCCGGACUUUGACUUCGAGCAGAUGGGCAUUGGUGGUCUCGGCGGCGAGUUUGCGUCCAUCUUCCGUCGCGCGUUCGCAUCCCGCGUCAUGCCUCCUUCGCUCCUGGAGCAGCUGGGCAUCACGCACGUGAAGGGCAUCCUGCUGUAUGGUCCUCCCGGUACCGGCAAGACCCUGAUGGCGCGCCAAAUUGGCAAGAUGCUCAAGACGCGCGAACCCAAGAUUGUCAACGGUCCCGAAAUCCUGUCCAAGUUUGUCGGCGAGUCCGAAAAGAACAUUCGCGAUCUGUUCGCCGAGGCCGAGGCCGAGUACAAAUCCAAGGGCGAGGAUUCUUCCUUGCACAUGAUUGUUUUUGAUGAAAUUGAUGCUAUUUGCAAACAACGCGGUGCCCGCUCGGACAACACUGGAGUGCACGACACGGUCGUCAACCAGCUGCUUUCCAAGAUGGAUGGUGUCGAGCAGCUGAACAACAUUUUGAUUAUCGGCAUGACAAACCGCCGUGACAUGAUCGAUGAGGCGCUGCUGCGUCCCGGUCGUCUCGAGGUGCAGCUCGAAAUCUCCCUGCCCGACGAGAAGGGCCGUGUGGAGAUUCUCAAAAUCCACACGGCGCAGUUGCGCAAGAACGAGCGCCUUGCGACUGACGUCAAUCUCCAAGAUAUUGCCGCAGAGACGAAAAACUACAGCGGUGCUGAACUGGCUGGUGUUGUUCGUUCCGCCGCUUCCUACUCGAUGAACCGUCUUGUCAAGGCCUCCAAGACUGUCGCUGUUUCUGACGACGCCGAGGCGGCGCUCAAGGUGACGAACGAAGACUUCCAGCUCGCCCUUCUCGAAGUCAAGUCGGCCUUUGGCGCAGACCAAGACUCUUUCGAGAGCAUGGUGUUGAAUGGCAUCAUCAACUGGAGCCCCGCCGUUCAGAGCAUCCUCACGGAAGGUCUGCUCCAUGCCAAGCAAGUCAAAAACUCGGCGCGCACACCGCUCGUGAGUGUGCUCUUGGAGGGCCCUGUUGGCAGCGGCAAGACCGCGCUCGCCGUCAAAAUGGCCUUGCAAGCGCAGGAGGCAGGUUUCCCGUUCGUGCGCCUCGUGUCUGCCGAAAAGCUUGUUGGCAUGACGGAAGCCGCCAAGUCGAGCGCCAUCGCCAAGGCCUUUGACGACUCGUACAAGUCACCGCUCAGCGUGAUUAUUAUUGACGAGAUUGAGCGUUUGCUCGACUAUGCUCCGAUUGGUCCUCGCUUCUCCAACUCUGUGCUCCAGACGCUUCUCGUGCUGGCCAAGCGUCUCCCUCCUACUGGUCGCAAGCUGCUCAUUAUUGCAACGACAAGCCAUGCCAAUGUGGUCAACUCGCUGGGUCUGGAAGAUGCAUUUGAUGUGCGAUUAACAGUUCCCAAUCUCAACAAAAUGGACCAAGUCCGAACUGUGCUCAAGGAGAUUGACGCAUUCACCGAGCAGGAAUGGCGUGAUUACGACAAGUACACGCGCACUCUGCCAUUCUUCAGCACAGCCAACCCACACAUCUGGAUUGGCAUCAAGAAGUUGCUCAUGCUCAUCGAAAUGGCCGCGCAAGACGAGUCGAGCAAGGUUGUCAAGUUUUUGAGCUCACUACAGGACGCAUGCGGCCAAAUGGACACGCUUGGAGAUGAGAGUGUUAACGCUGACACUGCUGCCAUUAUUGCUUCGAUCAAGGCUGGUGACCAACCGUCAACAGAUUGAAUUUGAGAGUGAUGCCCCAAUGUGUAUUGCGUGUUUUGUUUCUAUCUUUUCCAUGUCGUUCUUUUUUUGUUGUCCCUUCUUGAUGAAGGCGAGUACAAGUAUUUGGAAGCACAGAAUGCUUGUCGUUUGUUUCUGUUGUCCCGCAGAGUUUGUGCUUGCAUACAAUUUCAAAGAAUGCACAUGUUAUUAACAAAAAAACAAACAGCAAAAUGUACAAUCCUUGCGACCAA